UAACACCAAGAUCGCAUUAGGACACUACACCAAAAACUACUUUCCACAACACAUAAUUAUAAGUCUUUUGAAAAUGUAUUAUAAUAUAUACUAUGUACAGAGUGGUAAAGUAAUAGAAAUAAAAGAAAAAGCAGCAAAUGAAAAGAUGAAAUUCCAACAACAAAAAAAAAGACAAAAAGUGACAAAUGAAAAAAUAAGCCACAAAUUUUAAUAUUCCACUAACUCUCUUUUCCCCACUUUUGAUCAUUUCCAUUUGACCACACAAAGAAAACCCUAGUCAUUAUCUCUUCAGUCUUUUUCCCCAUCGAUCAUUAGUUCUCUCUUUUCUAUCAUUUCCCACCGAUGGUACACAAAGAGUCAUAGCCUUUCUUCUUUUCUUUCUCUAACUUUCUUCUGCUCCACCACCACCUCUUCAACAUGGAUAGGGCUUUAAUCAAGCUUGAUUUCUUCAGCAUGGAGAAGAAUGAGUCCUCUUCCAAAUCUCAAUUCCAAAAGUUUCUUCAUCGCCAACUAAGCUUUCUAGUUGGAAGUACUGGCUGCACUAAGGACCUUGAUAGUGAAGUCAAAGAGGAUAUAUUUGAUUCUACCCAAUGGCUACCAGACAGCUGUUCUCUCGCACUACACAAGCACUGUUUUACAACUAUAAGCAACUUCCAAUCUAGCGGAUGCUGGACUUUGACUUCCUUUGUGGGAGGGAGACACCAUCAGUUGCUGGAAUCAUUAACCCAGGUGCUGAGGGAUUUCAGAAACUCUUUUUUGGUCAAGAAGAAAUAGCCAUCCAAGUCCAUUCAUCGGAGUAUGUUGAAUUAUUGGUGUUUGAAAAGCCAAGAAAAAUGAAGAAAAAGUGUGGCAUUUUCAGGAAAGAAAAGAAAAAAUUGGCAAUGCUAAAAACUAAAGGCCCAGACUUGCCUGCUUUCAGCCCAACUAGCUCCCACCACGCCAGCUUCUCCUUCAGUAGCCACCCAGAGGGGAUCAAAUUAAAAGAUAACCAAAUUAAAUUGAAUAGUUUUGAAAAGUAUGAUAUAAUUUAAUACUAGGAGGACUAUGACCAGUAGCUUAAUUUGUAUAUUAUUGUCAAUAAUUUAGAUCACAAACUUUUUGGCAGUAACUACAAAAAGAUAUAUUCCAAGAAGUUGGUCAAGUCAAGAUUUGUGAAAAUCUUAUCAAGAUUAUAAAGCCAAGGCCCAUCACCUAUUCAGUUCUCCCAGCCAUCGUGGGCUUGGACCCUCACGCAAUCCCAGGCCCAUGAAGCAAGCUGCUCCCAACGAAGCCCCCAGCCAACUCUCCCAGCCGUGCUUCCUCCUGGGCCCGUGCCUCCAAUCCACCCACUCGGCUCAGCAGCAACCUCCUUCAGCUCACUCCACACCAGGUCAGCGAGCAGCUUCCCAGGCCCACGCCUGCCACCCAGCACUCUGAAACCCACUCUGCUAGCAAGCAGCCCCAACACCCCCAAGCCACCCAACCAGCUGCUUUAUCCCACUUAUUGAGCCCAACAAAAAUGCUUUUGUACCCUUGUUCCCUUAUGUCUAAAAAUACCACUUUUUACCCAAAUUUUUCUACACAUUUUACCCCAAAACAUCAUUAUUACAUUCUAUAAUUUACCCAUAUUUGCCUUAUUAUAAUUAAUUUAAUCAAUUUAAUGAAUUUAAAUUGAUUAUUUUAAUACCUCAUUUUGGUUAUAAAUAUGGAGUUUUGAAGACCAUUUAGGGUGUCCAUUUUGGGAGAGGAGGUUAUCAUACCAAAAAUUCUACACAUUUCAAAAUCUCUCUAUUCUCUUUAUAUUCUUCUUCUUUUUGGUUAUUUUUCUAUGUAUUUUUAGAGGAAAUUUUGGGGGUUUCUCCUCCAAAUUUUCCUAUCUAUGUUUGUAAUUUUUUUGUUUGUAUUUUCUAUUCUAGUUAUGAGUUUCUAAUCUUUUUAAGAUUAUUAAGGUGAUGAUGAAACAAUAUGUAACUAGAUAGUGUUUAUUUUGUAUAUUGAUUUCC